AUGAUCACCCUAUUGGCCCUGUACGCUGCCUUCAUCCCGGCCACUGCGGGACACAUCCAGAUGAGCAACCCUUUUCCCAUUCGUAGUCCGCUGAAUCCCGCUCUGGCAGCUUCGAUGAGAGAUCACUUAUACGCGUCUCCAUUAUCUGCGUCGGGAUCCGACUUUCCCUGCAAAGGGUACGCACAAGAACCAUUCAAUUCCGUCGCUGAUUACGCUGCGGGCGAGGUGUACUCCCUAACUCUGGAGGGCACGGCGAUGCAUGGGGGCGGGUCAUGUCAGAUUGCCCUGUCCUUUGAUCGCGGAGAGACCUUCCAGGUGAUUAAAUCGAUCCUCGGCCACUGUCCCGAGGCAAUGUCGUAUACAUUUCGGAUUCCAGAAGACGCACCAGGCGGUCCAGCCCUACUCGCGUGGACCUGGUUCAACAAAGUUGGGAACCGGGAAAUGUACAUGAACUGUGCCCAGGUAACGGUCCAUGCAGAGCCAAUGGCUGCCCGCAAUGACGACCGGAUGAUACCCGAUCAGCCGCUCUCCGUACGGUGGGCUGACCGACCAGCGAUCUUUGUGGCCAACGUCAAUGCGGAGGAUCAGUGCACCACCGUCGAGAAUGAGGAGGUUAACUUUCCGAGGCCGGGGCCAGACACCGAAGGCUCAUUAUCGAAGCCAGGCUUUUGGUGUGCUGGGCCACCAACGUUCGCGGGUUCCGGUGGUGACCCACCACAAGCAACUGCACUAUCUAGCACGCCCACAGCGUCGACAGCCUUGACAAGUGUGACGUGCAGUGGCACACCCACAGAGACCGGCGCGGUAUCCGGUGUCGUCGCCGAUCCCGCAUUUGGUGUCAAUAUAAUCAACAAUCUGGAUAGCAGUAUCCAUGCGUGGUCUGUUGCACGGGGACCGGGACCGGAGAGAGUUAUCGAAGCUCGUGGUGGAGCAUACUUUGAGGCAUGGCGUGCGAGGGAGGACGAGGGAGGAAUCUCCAUCAAACUGGCCCUAGAGGCAAGCCAGAAGAGUGUAUUGCAGUUUGAAUACUCACUUCAAUCUUCGAUCGUGUAUUGGGACGUUUCCUUUAUUGAUAUGGAUCGUGAAUCCAACUUCAUCAUGGGUGGAAUAACCGUGACGACAAGUGACCCUACCUGCCCAGGCCUGACUUGCCUGCCCCGGGACAAGAACUGCAAUCAGGUAUAUCUGGAACCUGAUGACAACUAUGCCGUCCGAGGAUGUCCGAUGCAGACCAACGUGACUUUAUCCAUUGGAAGUCGGCCCGGGAUAAGAGCUUGGGCUUAG